GCCGCAGAUUGGGCCAGGUUGAAGGUCUGGCAGCCUGGAAGCUUUUGCUUCUCGCCCCCUCCAUAGGGGUAGUAGAGAUGGAGUAAGAUGACAACACACGGGGGGCUAUGCUUCCUCUUCUCCUCUUUGAAGUACUGUUCACUAAUUUCACAUUUCAUAUAUCAUCUUUAAACCUCCCCCCGCCCCCUCGCUCAUUUCUCUUCUCUUCCUUCCCUCCUUCUCACCCACCCUUCUUGUCCUUCGUUCUUUACACCCCAUUCCCACGGUAGUCACUCUUUUGCACUACAAACCAUUCCGAGUCUUAAUCCACUCAAGUCACUCCUUGAUUCACUCACUCUUCACGAAGGAAUUCCACCCUCUCAAACCUAAACACCUAAACACCUAAACUAAACCACAAAUCAAAAUGCGUUUCUUCGCCGUCAUCUCUGCCCUUGCUGCCCUGGCCUCGGCCUACACCCAGCCCGACUACACCCAGAGCCCCACCGGCAAUGCCAUCUACACUCCUGGCCUGAACGACCAGGUCGAGGCUGGCCAGGCCUACAGCAUCACCUGGGAUCCCACCACCACCGGCAAGAUCUCUCUGGUCCUCCUCCACGGCCCCAGCACCAACAUGCAGACUCUGUACGCGAUUGCCGAGGACAUCGACAACACCGGCAGCUUCUCGUGGACCCCCAGCACUGAUCUGGCGCCCGAGACCACCCACUACGGACUCCUGCUCGUCGUCGAGGGCACUGGCCAGUACCAGUACUCCACCCAGUUCGGUAUCACCAACCCUUACUACUCGUCCUCGUCCGCCGUUGCUUCCGCCACCACCUCCACUGCCGCCGCUACCACCUCCGCCGUCACCGAGGCCGCUGCCACCACCACUGCUGCCGCGACCACCACCACCGAGACGGUUGAUGCCACCCAGCCCGCUGCCACCUCCGUCCCCGUCAUCAAGCCCACCGGCUUCGUGACCUCCAAGCCCUCCGGUGUCGUCUCCAGCUCCGCCGCUCCCUCCGGCACCCCCGCGGCUAGCUCCUCCUCCGUCUCCCCCAUCUUCACCGGUGCUGCUGACCGCAACGCCAUGAACCUGGGCAUGGGCGCCUUGGCCGCCGGUGUGGUUGCCGUCCUUGCCAUCUAA